AAUAGAUUAAUUAUUGAAAAUUUUUUGACUUUUUAAAAAUGCCCUCAUUUACUUCGUUUUUACACGAUUAAGGGUCUAUUAUUAUGGUAAAAUAGCAUGGGGCAGAGCGGAUCCAGCAUGGUGAAAAAGAUGGUGUCCCCAAUAUCCAAUAUGUUUGGAUAUAAUACCGGGGAGACAAGUCCUGAAUUGGUUCUUUCGAGAUAUGGGACUGCGACACCAUUUGUGUAUAAACGGACCAGCUCCAUGUAUUUUGAUGAAGAUGGUGAUUUGGCUCAUGAAUUCUAUGAAGAAGUGUUGGAUAGAAGGUCAAGACGAUACAGAAUGAAAAAGAAAAAACACAAUCUUAUCCCAGAGGGUGAAAUUGAAUUGGCUAUUCCACGACUGAACUGUAAUUUACCGAUUGUUCUCUGUGAGGCGCCAGUAUCAGUGAGAUGACAUCACAAUCAUUUAAUAACCAAGACAGUGACAUCAGAGACACGGCAUCACAAAAUAAUCAACAUCAGAGAGGAUAAUUAGCAGGCACAAGAAUGAUAUGAAUUAACUCCAAGAUGAGUUUUAAAUGUGCAAUGAAACUGUAUACCUGCUUUUAUGAAGUGAACCCAGAAUGCAGUGUGAUAGAAUAUAUGUUCUUUCCAAUGGUAUAAAAUACAAAUUCCAAGGGUUUCUCAUGUACCCUAGAUCAUUUUCACCCACUGGAAUACUGUAGUCUACUGUUUGUUUUGCAAGUCAUUUGUGGGUCAUAAAUCAUUAAUAUCAGCAGGCCCGUAGCCAGGGGGGGGGGGGUUUGCAGGGUUCGGGCGAACCCCCCCCUGGCCAAAAAUUCUUUCAAAAUCAUGCAGUUUUUCACCAUUUUGAGCACUUCUCAAGUGAUUUUAGUCAUAUUUGGGCCAAAAUUGUCAAAUGUGACCCCCCCUGGACAUUUUUGAAAACUGAACCCCCCCUUGACAAAUCCUGGCUACGGGCCUGA